AAAGAAUCAUUGUAACAAUAGAGCCUCGAGCAAUCAAGAAUAUGGAGAGUGGUAGAAAAUUGGUGGCGGUGGUGGUGAUACUGGUGGUUCUUGGUGGAGCAAAGGCAGUGAGCUUUUGUAAUAUGACGGAGGAGGGUUUAGAAGCAUGCCGGCCGUCAGUUACACAGCCGAACCCGGUGGAGCCGUCGUCGGAAUGUUGUGAUGCUCUCUCAAAUGCAGACUUGAAAUGCUUAUGUUCUUAUAGGAACUCAAUUGUUUUGCCUUCUCUCGGGAUUGAUCCUGAUCUUGCAUUGGGACUCCCUGUCAAGUGCAAUCUCAACCCUCCUGCUGAAUGCUAAGGUCCUUCGUCACACCUUGUUCGUGCACGUAAAUGCUUUAGUCGAAAUAAGAUGGCGAUUAUAUUUAUCUUUGCCUACUAUGAUACUAUGUUAGAUUUAGUUUCACACUCGAUUUUGGCACAUAAAUAUAUGCAUUUUGUGUA